AUGCCCGAGUCAAGUGCAAAAAAGGACAAUAGAAUUAGGAAGAGCACUAGCCUUACCAGCAAGAACGUCGCGGUGCGUAUGGCGUACUAUCACAUGAAAGCACAAAAAGCAAAGACUGAUAGACUAGAGAACAGCAGUAUCAUUCCAUCCAAAACAGAGGUAGUCUCCCAAGAGCUAUCCAUCAACAGCCACGAUUCAAGUAUCGCCGUAACCUCCUGUUGUCCAUUGUGUACCCAGUUUGCACGAAAUGGCGUAACUGUCGAACAAGUGGCCCAGUUACUGCACUCACUACGAAAGAUUGUGGCAAUAGUCACGCACACUGAGGAAAGCAUGAUAACCUAUAGUGACAUGAUGAACCAAAGCGUCCUAAUGGAGUUAUUAAACAUAUAUAACAGAAUAGUGCCGCAAAUGUCUCUCGCUCCAGCUAAGACCAAAUUCUCAUGGACAGAGGCGUUCAGGAAGAAGGCAGACGCAGCCAUAUACCAACUCGGAGUCACAAGGGCUACCCCUUCCCGCAUUCUGAACCUAAUUCAGGACGAAUUUCCCAAUCUUACCCGCCAAAACGUGGAGUCCUACCUUCAGAAAAUCCGCAUAAAGAUUAGAAGGGAAGAGAGCCUUUCUUACAUGUCACAAGCCACUGCAGGGUUGAGCGUAACAGAAAGCUCCCCGAGAGAUAGUGAGUUUGAUUUCCCAGAGUAG